UCAUCCUCGUUUGACAUGCUACUGCUCCACCCCCUUCCCCAGUCCAUCCGGCGCCUGAUGGAGGCAGAGAAAGUGAAGGGCUUCUGCCAGGUGGUGAUUUCCUCCAACCUGCGUGACGGCGUGUCGCACCUGAUUCAGUCUGGGGGCCUCGGGGGCCUGCAGCACAACACUGUGCUUGUAGGCUGGCCCCGCAACUGGCGGCAGAAGGAAGAUCAUCAGACGUGGAGGAACUUCAUUGAGCUGGUCCGGGAAACCACCGCUGGUCACCUGGCCCUGCUGGUCACCAAGAACGUUUCCAUGUUCCCUGGGAACCCUGAGCGCUUCUCCGAGGGCAGCAUCGACGUCUGGUGGAUCGUUCACGAUGGCGGCAUGUUGAUGCUGUUGCCCUUCCUGCUGCGGCACCACAAGGUCUGGCGGAAGUGCAAGAUGCGUAUCUUCACGGUGGCCCAGAUGGACGACAAUAGCAUCCAGAUGAAGAAGGACCUGACUACCUUUCUAUACCACUUACGUAUCACCGCGGAGGUCGAGGUGGUGGAGAUGCACGAGAGCGACAUAUCGGCUUACACCUACGAGAAGACGCUGGUAAUGGAGCAGCGGUCCCAGAUCCUCAAACAGAUGCAUUUAACCAAGAAUGAGCGCGAGCGGGAGAUCCAGAGUAUCACAGAUGAGUCUCGUGGCUCAAUCCGGAGAAAGAAUCCAGUCAAUACUCGGCUCCGCCUCAACGUCCCGGAAGAGACAGCUGGUGACAGUGAGGAGAAGGCAGAGGAGGAGGUGCAGCUGAUCCAUGAUCAGAGCGCUCCCAGCUGCCCCAGCAGCUCUCCAUCCCCGGGGGAGGAGCCUGAGGGGGAGGGCGAGGCAGAUCCUGAGAAGGUGCAUCUCACCUGGACCAAGGACAAGUCGGUGGCAGAGAAGAAUAAGGGCCCCAGUCCGGUCUCCUCCGAGGGCAUCAAGGACUUCUUCAGCAUGAAGCCGGAGUGGGAGAAUUUGAACCAGUCCAACGUGCGGCGCAUGCACACGGCCGUGCGGCUGAACGAAGUCAUCGUGAAGAAAUCCCGGGAUGCCAAGCUGGUUUUGCUCAACAUGCCUGGACCUCCGCGCAACCGCAACGGUGACGAAAAUUACAUGGAGUUCCUCGAGGUCCUCACCGAGCACCUGGACCGGGUGAUGCUGGUCCGCGGCGGCGGCCGCGAGGUCAUCACCAUCUACUCCUGAGAGCCAGGACCUGCCACCCGGGCCCGGGCGCGCCCGGCCGGCGGCCCCGGAGCCCUCGCCGCGCCCCCCGCCGCUGUCACCGUUUACAUACAGACCCUGUGCCCGCGCCCUGGCCCUAUUCCCCGCUGCCUGAAGCCCAGAGGCCACGCCGCUCGGGGCUGACUCGGAGAGGACCGCCCCGCGCGGAGGCCGGAGCCCUAGCGCCCCGUUGGCGCGUCGCUCCGCGGGCCCGGCCUCGCCGCACGGGAGGAGACGCUGCAAUAAGGCUGGGGAGGCGCGGAGAGCGGAGGCGCGGGGCCGUGAGGAGCCCCC